UCAUCUGUCAAGUUAGCUGUAGAAGGAAAUGGCAAACCACUCCAGUGCCCCUGCCAAGAAAACCCCUGAUGGGGUCACGGAGUCAGACGUGACGACCACAAGGACAAAGAUGAAAACACAAGAUAGUGUGUGAUGAACAACAAAACUUUAAGAUCAAGGCCCCGGUGCCUGGAUCUUACUGACCACACUCCUACCUCGGCGCUUUAGAACCUCUGUUUGAACCGCCUCUGGUAGAGUCCCUUAAAUAAUCCCUGCCCCCCCCCCCAGUGGUGGCGAAUUGCAGCUUGACCCCCAGCCGGGAUGACUCUUUUGAGAUGCAGAUAGCCGUUGGAUUGAAUGGAAGCUGUGGAGUUUGCCUUUAACAUGCAAAUGGUGGAGCCUAUUCUAAUGGAAUUUCUGGGCCGCCAACUUUCUGCCACUGUCGAAUUAGGGACUUAAAACUCAGAAUCCUUUGAUUGUGUGAAGUCUGAAUAGUUUUAAUAAGAAGUCAGAGGGGUGCAGGAAGGGGAUGCCGGGUGGUUGGGUGGAAAGGGGAAGGAAGAGGAGUCUGGAAUGCCUUUUUCAGAAACAGCUAUAACAGCUAUCUGGAGACCGGAGGAGGAGGAGGAAAGUGGCUGGCUUAGGUCGGUGGAUGGAACAUAAUCACUGCUUUGCCUCUUGCUUGUCCAGGCACACUCUCAUGUCUCCCUUUGUGGGUGGUUCAUCGUCCAGACGAUUCUUCCGAGGGGAGAGCCCAGCAGACUCUCAAAAGGAUAUGCUUGAAAUCCCCUUACCCCCCUGGGAGGAGCGAACAGAUGAGCCGAUUGAAACCAAGAGGGCUCGCCUGCUCUACGAGAGCAGGAAGCGAGGCAUGCUAGAGAACUGUAUCCUGCUCAGCCUCUUUGCCAAGGAGAAUCUACACCAAAUGACGGAGAGGCAGCUGAACCUCUAUGAUCGACUGAUCAAUGAGCCCAGCAAUGAUUGGGAUAUCUACUACUGGGCGACAGCUCCCAGAACAGACACAGUAGCCCCGGGCUUUGAUCUGCCCCUACCGCGUUACAUACGUGUGCACCGAAGACAUAGAUGGUGUCAUCAUACAGAAGCAAAGCCAGCCCCCGAGAUCUUUGAAAACGAUGUCAUGGCGAUGCUGAGAGACUUUGCCAAGAACAAGAAUAAGGAGCGGAGGUUGCGGGCCCCAGAUCUCGAGUACCUCUUUGAGAAACCAAGCUGAGCUUUAUCCUGACCUGGCCCAAGGGCAGCCCUACAAGGACAAACAUUAGACCCUGGUCACGGCUGCAGUGCUCAGGGAAAUCCUUACCUGCUGCUUCCCGCCACCAAGCCGGGCUGUGGCAGGCCCCAUGUCCCAAAGUAGGGCCCUCACUCACACCGCUUCUCAUAAAAGGGCUCCUUGUAUCUCA